AUGGCUCACUUGAGAGAAUUUGCCAGCCAGGGCACUAAGCUGUGGAUAAUCAUGGAGUACCUAGGAGGAGGUUCAGCGCUGGAUUUGCUGAAGCCGGGACCCCUGGAGGAGACUUACAUAGCUACUAUCCUGAGAGAAAUCCUGAAGGGUUUGGAUUAUCUGCACUCUGAGAGGAAGAUCCACAGGGACAUCAAAGCUGCCAACGUGCUACUUUCGGAACAAGGAGAUGUGAAACUGGCUGACUUUGGGGUGGCUGGACAGUUGACAGACACACAAAUCAAGAGAAACACCUUUGUUGGGACUCCGUUCUGGAUGGCACCCGAGGUCAUCAAACAGUCUGCUUAUGACUUCAAGGCAGACAUCUGGUCCCUUGGGAUUACAGCCAUUGAACUAGCAAAGGGAGAGCCUCCAAAUUCUGACUUGCAUCCUAUGAGGGUUCUCUUCCUUAUCCCCAAAAAUAACCCUCCAACACUUGAGGGUCACCACAGCAAGCCCUUCAAGGAGUUUGUGGAAGCCUGCCUCAAUAAGGAUCCUAGAUUUAGGCCGACAGCUAAAGAAUUGCUAAAGCACAAGUUCAUCACACGCUACACCAAGAAAACCUCAUUCCUAAUGGAGCUGAUAGAUCGAUUCAAGCGCUGGAAGUCGGAGGGCCAUGGAGAAGAUUCCAGUUCUGGCGAUUCUGAUAUUGAUGGAGACACAGAGGAUGGAGACCAGGGUCCAAUCUGGACAUUCCCACCAACUAUUCGCCCCAACUCCUUGAGCAAGCUCCACAAAGGAAUGGCUCUUCAUGGUUCCCAGAAGCCUACUGAGCCCAUCAAGAGGCAACCACGGUCACAGUGUCUCUCCACGCUUGUUCACCCAGUUUUUGGGGAGCUUAAAGAUAAGCACAAGCAGACUGGAGGCAAUGUGGGAGCUAUGGAGGAGCUGGAGAAUGCCUUCAGCUUGGCUGAGGAGUCCUGCCCAGGCAUCUCUGACAAACUGAUAGCACACAUGGUGGAGCGGGUACAAAGGUUUUCACACAGUCGGAACCACCUGACCUCUGCCCGCUGACACCUGCAUUCCCGGCUGCUGUUUUGAGGGGGGAAGGAUUUUUUUCCAGCUUCAUAAGAACGCCAUCUCUAAUCCAGACCACCAUCUGCUGUUGGAUGUAACAGUGUGUUACAGACUCCAGAACAUUUCAGAGCCUUCAUACUACACGUGUUUCCAUGAUAACCCGGGGUGGGGUUUGCAAUGCAAGUACAAUUUAGACCUUUUGCAGAACCCGAGAUGGGUGGUCUAAUUGUUUUUACAAUGUAAUCAAUGCAGUUUUUAAUUGUUUCCCUAUGGAUGUAUCCAUUUUGGCUUGGUUUGAUUCACAGCUUGUUACUGGUAAAUGCCUAGCUGCUGGAAAAGGGGGAGAUUCUCUUCCAUUGAGAGAUGUUUCGAAGGCGAGUCCGAUGGGUUUAGCCUCCUGCUCUUCCUGGAGAAGCAGUUGUGAGCAGUCGUGUGUGAGUGUAGGUAUGUUUGGAAGCUCUCCAUGCAUUACAGCCUCUGGGAAAGUUAGACCAGCUCUCCAGUUUUUCUGGAGGAUCGCUUCAGCUCCUUCACGCGCUGGUAACGAAAAGCUUU